AAAGCGAUGGCAGCGUGUGAGUCCUGCUUGGAGCAAAAGCAACUGACUGAUGCAGAGUGGUACUGGGGCAACAUCUCAAGAGAUGAAGUGAAUGCAAUGAUGAGAAACACACCCGAUGGCACGUUCUUGGUCCGUGACGCUUCCAGCAAGGUCGAGAGGGAAUAUACACUAACACUGAGGAAAAAUGGCUCCAAUCGACUGAUUAAGAUCUUCCAUCAUGGAGGGAGGUAUGGCUUCUCCGAGCCAUUGACCUUUCCUUCUGUAGUGGACCUGAUUCAGUAUUACCAAAACAAGUCACUGGCCCAGUACAAUUCUAAACUGGACACACGGCUGUUGUUUCCCAUUUCCAAAUAUGUGCAGCAGGCUGUGAUGGAGCUCGACAUUGAGAUAGUUGCAGAACGACUCAAGGUGUUUCAGGACCAAUAUGAAGAGAAAAGCAAAGAGUAUGACCGUCUCCAUGAGGAGCUGAACCAAACAUCGCAGGAACUGCAGACUAAACGGAUGGCCAUUGAGGCUUUUAGUGAAAUCAUUCGGAUUUUUGAGGAGGAGUGUGAAACGCAGGAACGCUACAGCAAGGAGUACAUCGACAUGUUCCUCAAAUUGGACAACAACACAGAGAAUGACAAGAUCCAGAACAACCCUGAUGAGCUGCAGUCGAGAGUGGAGGAAAUACACAACAGCAAAAUGAAGUUGGAGGAGGAAUUAAGGAUGAGGGUGCUGGCCCACACGGAGGUUGACAGAAAAAUAAACAACUUGAAGCCAGAACUUCUGCACCUCAGGAGGAUCAGAGAUCAAUAUUUGUUCUGGCUCUCUCAGCAAGGAACCAGGCAGAGCCAGAUUGAUGACUGGCUUGGCGUACGCCAUGAAGAAGAGCAGCUCCAAAAUUUGAUGGAGGAGAAAACAGAUGAUACACACCAUGAGGAGAGGACAUGGUAUGUUGGAGGCAUGACUCGGAGGGAGGCGGAGGAGCUUCUGAAGGGCAAACGAGACGGCACCUUCCUCAUCAGAGAUAGCCAAAGUCAAAGAGGAUCCUUUGCCUGCUCUGUCGUCGCGGACGGGCACGUGAAGCACUGUGUGAUCAACAGGACAGCCACAGGCUACGGCUUUGCUGAGCCAUACAACCUGUACUCGUCACUCAGAGAGCUGGUCCUCCACUAUCAGCACACGUCGCUGAUGCAACACAACCAGCAGCUGAAUGUAACCCUGGCCUGGCCUGCUCUCAGCCAGCAGCCCAGCUGAGAAACCACCAGCACGUCACACUGAUAGCACUUUCUCAACGCUUCACUCUAUGAGCACUCAGAACAUAAAAAAAAAAAAAGAAAAAAAGUGAAGAGGGGCACCUUUAAUCAGCUCAAACUGAAAACAAUUUUGUUUUUACAAUUUCAAUGGGGUUUUCUUUUUUUUUUUAUAUUGCCUAUCCGACUUCUUCUUCUUUUCCUUUUGGCUUGUCCCGUCAGGAGUCGCCACAGCGCGUCAUCCUAGAUGCGCGCAUAUGAGUUUUACGGCGGAUGCCCUUCCUGACGCAACCCCUCUACGUUUAGUCGGGGAGAGAAGCUUACAGCACCUGGAAUUCACAGGCGGACUCCCGUCCAAGUACUAACCAGGGCCAAACCCACUUAG